UAAAGUGGGGGUGUUAAUGUGUUUGUGUGUGUAUGUAUGUGUGUGCACCAAGGUGUGUGUCUGUGUGCAGCAUGAUUGGUGUGUCUACUUGAGUACCUGACUUUGUGUGUGUGGCUCUGUAUCCCAAACACUGACUGAAUGGCAUACUUGUGAAUUCUUGUUAUCUCAGUUUGGAUUUCUUUGUUCGACAAUUACUGAUAUUUAAGGAUUGUUCGGUCUUGGUCAUUCCUCAUUUGAGAUAGGGAUCUAUUGUGCCUGGUGUGGAUUAUUGUGGACAUCUCUUCUGGAAUAACCACUUUUCUGAGACCAGGCAAUGUCCAGGAAACAGAACAGGUGGCAGGAGGCCCUCGUUGUAUACCCCAAGACCCACAAACUGACACAAAAGAAGAAGAGGAAAGUGGACACACCCACAUCCCAGGAACCCGGGCCAGCUAGGGUGGCUGUGACCAGUGGAGUUGACCAGCUGGGCAUCAGCAGGAAAAAUACUGUUAGCAUUAAAAGUAACAGCAGUGCUACUAGGGGCAGUGCUGGAAGUGCUAAUGGUAGCUACAGCAGUUGCCCUAGCUGUAGCAUCAGCAAAAGCGCUAGCAGCAAAAGUAGCGAUAGUGUUAGCGGUAGCACCAACCGACACGGCAGUGCUUGCAAAGCCAUGGUGGAGAAGACUCCAACAGGUCGGUCCUGGCGGUGCCAGGAGGAACAACAGCAGAGGAUAGGAGGCGGGAGAAGAACCCUCCCAAGCAGCCGCAGUUCUCCAUCCAUCAGCACCUCCUCUUCUCUCUGCUCUUUGUCUCCCUCCAUGAGUGGCAGCGCUUCCCUCGACCAGCUCAGUCAAACCAUCUCCAGAGACGAUGCCCAACAAUUCCUCCUACAUUCCGGACCCAAGUCUCGGGCAGAGAGUGGUUGCUCCUCUCUAGAGAAGAACAUACCAGCUACAGACUCCUGGCAGCCAUCUUUGUCUCUGUCCAGUGUUUCUCCCAGGGACCCCCUGAGGAGGUCGCAGGUCAUGGACCAGUUAGAGGGUGAUCACGUUGACAACAUGGACACCAGCUCUUCAUCUGACCCGACCUCCUCUUCCUCAUCAUUCUCCAACACCACAAGCCAGACCCGACACAGCAGAAUGCAGAUAAGCAAAAAACAGGAGGCCCUGGAAUCUGCUCUGAAGCGUUCUGCCCCGGAUGUCUCCAGACCAACCAUGCCCUGCUACCGCCGCUCCAAGUCCUUGGACCGAAGAGCAGCAGAAGCUACAGCCACCACAGCAACGCCCGACCUCAACUUCAAAAAGGGCUGGAUGACCAGACUGACUGACAAAGGGCAGUGGAAGAAGCACUGGUUCGUCCUGACUGACCAAACCCUGAGGUUUUACAGAGAUAUUGUUGCUGAGGAGGCUGCUGAUUUGGAUGGCGAGAUUAAUCUUUCUACUUGUUAUGACAUCACAGACUACCCAGUUCAGAGGAACUACGGCUUCCAGAUACACACUGCAGAGGGAGCGUUCACCCUGUGUGCCAUGACUUCUGGGAUCCGGAGGAACUGGGUCCAGGCAGUGAUGAAGAACGUGAGGCACAACGUGGCCCUGGUCGUCACAAGUUCUCUUCCACAGCAGAAGGAGCCACCAGCGCUAGGCCCUAUGGAGACACGCUCUGCAGAGGAAGAUGUGGAUCCAGAUCAGAGGAAGAACCGUAGUGUCCGCGAGCGUCGCCGGGAGGGACGCUACAAAACCUUUGACUGGGCUGAUUUUAGCCGCCAUCAGCACCACCAGGGAGUAGAGAAGGAGGCGGAGCCCAGUGGACAGUCGCGUCCUGUGGUAGGAUGGGACAACGCUGACGGCGGCAGCCCAUCACCAGUCUCCUCUGCCUCCUCUCUGGUUGCCUCUAACGCCUGCUCCUCCUCGUACUCUUCUCAGUGCCUCAGGGACACUGUAGCUUCACAAGAGGCAGAGGUGCUACAAAGGGGGGCAGGUCCAACCAUGCUACCCCAGGCUCCAUUCACGGCCACACCCCUAGAGGAAAGAAGUGUUGCUGGGACCAAAACACCCACAACACUAGUUCAUGCUCAAAAUAAGGUUUUUGAAAAAAGGACAAUUUCUGAGGUGGACAACAGCUCCACCUCUUCUAUACCAGAGCUGCCCAUUGGUUGUGGUGAUGACGAUGUCACGGGCCACACCCCUAGUGAUGUCCCUAGCGUUGCCCUUGGUGAUGGCUUUGGCAACACUCCAAGCCCCACCCCUUGUGAUGGCACUGCCGGUGUACGGGUGGAGGUGGUGAUAGAGCAGCAAGUGGCUUCCACACUGCUGAGAGAGGAGAGGUGGGUUCCCAUCAAUAACUCUGACGAAACCAAAGAAGAGACGGUGCAGCAGUCCUAUGAACAGCAGGCUGAAGAGCUGGAGCAGACCCAGAGAGAGUUGUCCAGACUCCAGCAGGUGAACAUCAGUCUGCAGCAACAGCUGCAGCAGGAGAGGGAACGCUCCAGGGAGAACCGCCUACUACAGAAUGGCCUACCCACAUCUUUCAACCAGUCCUCCUCCGCACAGUCAUGCGCGUGGCAGCGUCUUCAGAAGCUGAACCAGGACCUGCGCUUCGAGCUGGAGUCCCAGAGGAGGAGCCAGGAGGAGGCGCGUGAGGCUGAACUACAGCGGAGGGCCGAGUUCAUCGCCUUGCAGGCGCGGGCGUUAAGCGCAGGGGAGGCUGCAGCCUUGGCACGCUCAGAGCUGCAGCAGGAGCGUCAGAGCGCUCGGAAGCAGCGGGAGGAGGGGGAGCACGAACACCUGCAGGAGUUGGAGUGUUUGCGCCAGCGACUACAAGAGGUGUCAUCCCAGAUGAGAGCAAAAGAGGAGGCACAGGCCGAGAAGGAGGUGCGCCUGCAGAAGCACCUGGGCCUCCUGCAGGAGAGCCAGGACAGGGAACGCAGAAGCCUGGGGGCCAACCUGGCCCAGGCGGAGCGCCGUUCUCAGGACCUGCAGGAGCAGCUGCAAAAGGCUGAGCAGCAAGCGGAGACAUUGUGGAAGGGGCAGGGUCAGCCGUGGGCCAGGGAAGGAGAGGUGGCGGAGGCUCAGCAGCAGCUGCAGGAGGAGUUGGCCCGCACGCUGGCGGCUAUAGGGAGGCUACAGGGGGAGGGGGAGCAGCUGGAGAGACGCUGCCAAGACCUGCAGAACCAGCUGGCCGAGGCAGACGGGGAGGUGCUUCAGCUGCAGAGACGCCUACAGACGGAGGAAACUGACUACUACAACCUGGAGCACUCCUACGAGAGUGUUUCAGAGGAGCUACAGCGGGCCCUGGGACAGGCGCAGGAGAGGGAGGUGGCAGCCAGUGAUGCCAUGGAGGACUACAAGAGGCUGCUGGACAGGAAGGAGCGGGAGCUGAGUGAAGCCUUGGUUAAGAUGGCUGCCCUUGGGAGCAGCCUGGAAGAGACGGAGCUGAAACUGAGUGAGGUGAAGGAAGCAUGCACCUGUUGUUCCUCUCUUCCUCUCUUCAAAGUGACUGACAACAGACUGAAUAUCAAAUCCAGCGGUCUGAAUUCACGGGAAACCCAGAUCAUCCACCACUCCUACAAUACAGACGGAGGACAGACAAAUAGCAACAGCGUCCCUGCCAUAAGCCACUCCGGACCUGGCUCAUGUUCUGUCGACCCGGCCUACCAGUACAUCGUUACGGCUGGAGAUGAUCCGGACAGGUUCAUGUCAGUGAUCCAGGUCCUGGAGACCAAGCUGUAUGUGACAGAGGAGAAAUUGAGAGACAUCACCCAGAGGCUGGAGGAGCCACAAGGUCAGUGGUGCAGCAGUGCAGCCACCGACCCCCACGUCCUCUCCCAGCUCACCCAGAGCCGGGCCGCUACCCAGCGGCUUAGCCUCUUUCUUCACAACCAGGCCAAGCAGAGCAGGCGCUUCGCCCUGGAAACAGAGGGCCGAACCAGGGUGCUGGGUGGGCAGUGUCAGGCGGCCCUGGCCAGUGUGCAGGCCUGCAGAGAGAGGAUCCAAGCCCUGCUGAGGAGGAACCCUGGUGAAGGUAGCAACCCUGACCUAGAAGCCGAGCUCGGUGCCCUGGAGAUGCAGCUGGUCACUGCUGCCGCCUGCCUCAGGCAAGGAGGAAUAAUUGCCGAUGAGCAAUGGCACGAGUGCCACCGAGCUCAGAGGGAGGAGGAAGACUUGAUUGAUGACAAGACACUAUCAGAGGACAAGGUUGAGCAAAUGAGCACAGGCACGUAUGCUCCAAUGUCAUGCCCCGAAGGAGAGGAAGCUGGAAUGAAAACAUUGGGUAGAGCUUUAGCCCUGGAAGCGUCUACGUUGGAGAAGAUGGCGUCGGCAAUGCAGAGCCAAGAUACAUUAUUUUGCCAGAAUGAAGCCCUCCUUGGUGGAGAAGAAGGUGACUCGGCACACAUGUAUGCUGACGUGCUUUUGAAAAGGAUGGCCCUCGGAAUGGAUUGUAGGGAACCACUAGGUGGCGACACUGAGUCGGAGGAGAGCGCCAUUGGCAGGGUCUGUACCAGAGCAGAGUUAGCUUACAUCUCUCUAACCUUACACUUACAGCAUCGCUACCAGGGAGAGCCGAUACAAGAAGAACUGCACUCUGACAACCCGACCAGGGAGCAGCUAUGGCGUAGCUCUCAGUCAGAGGAACAGUGUGGUGGCGCUGGGGAUAACAAUCUGAGCUCUGGUAAGGCCAGGGGUCUGGCUGAUGUCAGUCCUCCAGAGCUGGCUCCUUAUGAGGAACAGGUCCAGUUGAAGUCCAAAGGCCUCACAAACAUCCUGCUGGAGAGGAUCCAAUCAGUCUGGAGUGGGGACAAGACAGAGAAACAACACGACUGGACAGAAAGACUUGCAGUCCAGCUGAGGAAAAGGGCCAAGGUCUUGCACCAACUCUGUCAGGAGAUCCCCAGCAGCAGUGGCUCAAAGGGGGAGAGUAGUGCGGCGAAAGGUAGACGCUGGUUGGAUGACCCGGACUCUGUUGCAACCCUGGACUUGACCCUGUACUGGCCGGAGGUGCUGGUCCAGUCCCAGGUGACCUACGUGGCAUGCCGCCUGCAGCUGGAUCACGAACAGGAACUGCAGCAGUGCAAGGGGGCAUUCGACAGCCUAGUGGCGCUGUGUCAGGAGCAAGAGGCCAUGCUCAGCAAGGACCGCCGCACUUUUAGCCUCGCCCUGUCACGACUGCAGGAGGACAGCCAGGCCCUCAAGGAGAAGCUGGAGCAGGUGGAGCAAGGGAGGGCCACAGCAGAGAGCGAGACCCGGCGUAAGGUGGGUGUACUCCUAGCUGAUAUCGAGAGCAUCGAGGAUCACCACGAGGAGCAAGUACAGAAGCUGGAGGAGGAGUUCCAAGGGAAGAUGCAGGAGCUCCAGAAGAUCCACGAGGAGGAAAUGAUACGUCUGCACAGCCACCAUGCUCAGUCUACCUGUGCUGCAACAGUUGCACAACAAGAGUCCCGCUCAUCACAGACCACCCCUAACACUACUCCCGAAAAAGCCACCUUCUACCCAGACUUCACCUUGGAUUCCACCCUGCCUGCAGAUAAACUUAAUCUGGAUGGAGCCUGCAAAAUAGACAUGGUGUCUAUGGAAACAAUGAAGAAACGAAUCCAUGUGCUUGAGACGCAGGUAAACACCAUGAAAGAUGAGGCGGGGAGACGGAAUCUGGAAGGGGAUGAAGUUGCCAUGAAGGAAGCUUAUCAGAGAGACCUUGAAAACAUCAAGGUUUCCUGUGAGCGUGGCUUCACUGCCAUGGAGGAGGUACACCAGAAGCUGGUGGGGGAUCUGCAACGGCAGCACCAGAGGGAGGUGGCCACGCUCCUGCAGGAGAGAGACUGCCUACUGGAGGAGGAGACAGCCGCCACUGUCGCAGCGAUCGAGGCAAUCAGGAAUGCUCAUCGGGAGGAGCUGGAAAGGAGUCAGAGUGGAGGGAGCUCUGACAUCACGGACCUUCCCUCCCAGUAUGAGGUUGAGCUGCGGUCUCUGCACAGGGAGCUGGAGGUGUUGUCGGGCCAGUACUCCCAGAAAUGUCUGGAGUGCGCCCAGCAGAAUCAGGCCCUGGAGGCCGAGAGACAGGCCCUGCUACAGUGCCAGAGGGAGAACCAGGUGCUCAGCAUCCACAAGCAGGAGCUGACUCAGAGGCUGACCGAGGAGAUGUCUUGCAAGCACUCCCUUCUUAGCGAGGAACCGGCCACUUCCUUACAGGGGAAAGACCUCUACGAACUGGAGGUGAUCCUACGGGUCAGGGACACAGAGCUGCAGUGCCUCAAACAGGAGACCAACUCUCUGAAGGAGGAACUGAAAGCUGUUCACAAGCUCUCCAGUGUCCUGCUCCCAGAGAUCAACCAAGUGCUAUUCACCAAGCCUGGGCUGAUUUACUCACCGGAUAAGGCAUACGCCAAAGACAAGCUCAAAGCCCUGUAUGCUGAGCUGAGCUUCAGCCGGUCCAAGGUCCAAUGUGACAUUCCCAAACUGCGAGAGGAGCUCCAGACUGCAACAGGGUCGCCCAGGGAUGAGGGCAGGGGUGGCGACGGCUCCAAUUCUGCUCAGGCUUACGACAUAGUGAAGUUGACAAGCAACCCUGAUUUCCUGAAGAAGGAGAGGUCGACACUCACCAGGCAAAUCAGAGGGGUCAGGUCAAAGAGUCUGAAGGAGGGUCUUUCUGUCCAAGAGAGAAUGAAGCUGUUUGAGCCCAUGGACUAGAAGAAGAUCUGAUCAAUUUUGUUGUUGUUGCUCACUCGUCAAUGUGUGUGUGUGUAUGUGUUUGUGUGGUGUUUGCCAAUCGUGUGCAACAGUGCUAGUCUGAGUACAGGUCUCAUUAGAAACAUUCCACUCAUUGCCACUCCUUGUCAUUGCCAAUCUUCAUCUUUGGCAAAUGACAUAGAGUACAGGGAGUGGAAUAGCUAAAGAGACUAGUACCCAGACUACUGUAGUGCUUGGCUUGCCUGUGAUCUGUAGAGUGUACCAUUGGGAGAUUUUUAGAGCAUUGAUGUGGUGAGGUUGCAAGUAAUUGUGAUUAACUAUUUAUUUAUGUAUGUAUUAUUACACAGACCCAAAUAUUGCACAGUUGGGCUACCUAAUAAAAAGCUCUUACAGGGCUCAAUGCACAAUGUGUUUCUCUCCUCCUAGUCCCCUUCACCACACCCGGACAGUGAUGUGAACUGUUUAAUUAGGACAAAACCAAAUUCCCUAUGUAAGAACACACUCAAAUCUAAAUACUGGUCAUGUAAAAAUGCAUGGCUAUGAAUUUUUCAAUGUAUUUUAAUACACUUGUGUCCUGUAUUUUAGUGUUCCAUAUUAUUAAUAAAAUGUUUUUUAUUUGAAUGUCAAAGUGUGUCUAAAUAAAUGUAAUGUCGGAACCAUUUUUCUGUUUCCAUCCUCUUUCUCCCAGUGGCCUUGGUAACACCAGACCACAAGGUUUCCCUCUCGCAGCAGUCAGAGCAUCCAUUGGCAUUCUCUCACUCACUCUCCUUAUGGCGUUUGUUUUUCUCAAUUCGAUGGGAAAAUGAGGCCUCGCAACCCUUCCCCACAAAUGAUUUGGGAUCCACUAUUAAACUAUAGUUCUGUCAACUACUUGAAAACAAGCAACGGUGGUGUUGUUUAGUGAUAUGAUCGUCCCAUUGGAAGAUUGUGUAGGCAUACAUUAUUAAUCAUCUAUUCUACAGUGUUGUGGAGUAAACGUAAUUUACUCACCUUCAUUUUAAGUGAGCGUUUAUCCACCUUUUACAGAAGAAAUGUAUUGAACGUAUAGGGAGCAUAGCUUUUUUCACUGCAACCUGGGAUGAGCUAUUGUUUUUACCACUACCCCACUGUUUCUACGCCAGCAUCUAGCUGGCAGAGUGAAACUGAAAUGUCCUUUGUUUAAACUUUACAGCGACGCUAUGGAAAUUGAAACGUAACUGUCCCAUCAUAUGAAUUUGGCACAUUUUUUACUAACCAUGGGUGAUGUUGGUUCAUCCUGAUUCUCAGAUGUAUGCAGAAAGAAGAGGAAAUUGGUCCCGGUGAGGAGGUGUGUCAUUGACAGCACUUAUGGUUUUAAUAACUGCAGCAAUUAUGACUU